AGUCCGUACCAUACACCUCCAAAUCAGCACUGAAACCUUAGAAACAACCACAGCGAUGGAGGACACACACCCAUUUGAGCGAUUCAUAGAUUUUUACUUUGAGCUUGGACUAAACUAUAAAGACAUUAAAACUUUGCUUUGCAGUAGACACAGUUUUCAUAUAAGCGAAAGACAUCUGAAGAGAGUUCUUAGCACAAGGGGACACACUCGUCACAAAGCGUACUCUGACCUGGCCGUCUUGGUUGAAUUUAUUGACAACCAACUGCAGUACUCUGGGCAGCUUCAUGGAUACCGAUGGAUGUACACUAAAUGCAGGGAACAUGGACUACGCGUGAGGAAAGAGGAUGUGCACUUGGUCUUGAAGGAGCUGGAUCUCCGAGGUGUCGCACUGAGGCAAGCAAGACGUUUCAGGCGAAGGAACUAUUUUUCAAAAGGGCCGAACUUCAUCUGGCACAUGGACUCAUACGACAAACUGAAGCCAUAUGGCAUCUGUAUCAAUGGUAGUAUUGACGGUUUCUCGAGAAAAAUAAUCUGGCUUAAUGCGUACACAACAAAUAGUAAUCCGAAAGUGAUCGGGGGGUAUUACAUAGAAGCGGUGCAGCGUUUAAAGGGCUGCCCUAGAGUUGUGAGGGGCGAUCUUGGAACUGAAAAUGGCCAUGUUAGAGGCUUUCAGCGUUUCCUUGUGCCCGUGGCUCCUAACGACACCCUUGAGAGUUACUUGGAGGGAGCAAGUACCGCCAAUCAAAGGAUUGAAUACUGGUGGCGUUUUCUUCGCAGCCAGUGUCUGGAGUUCUGGUUAUCCUUAUUUGCAGACAUCAGAGACAACGGGUACUUUGAUGGAUGAGCUGGAUGACACUGCACAGGUUUGGAAUGCACACUCCAUCAGGCCAUCAACAAACAUCAAUAUCCCCAGUGGUCGACCUAAUGUAAUGUAUACAUUACCUGAGCUCUACGGGACAAGAGACUUCCUUUGCCCCACUGAAGAAGAACAUGUUGAAAUGUGUAAAAC